GUCGCAUAAUGCCUCCUAAUGAUCCGCAUAAACUAAAUUAUUAUUGUCAAUUUUAUGAUCAACAAAAUCAGGCUUCAAUAUUUGCCGAUACCGCUUCCAGUAAGAAACGUGAAGAAGUUUCCAAAAAACUACGCAAAGAAUUGGAAGAGAAAAAACUAAAACAAACGGAAAUGUUAAGACGCAAAGUUGGUGCCCUAAGAUUUGAAGAUCGUCAAAGGAAAAGAUCCAAUAUACCAAGAGUUUUGGCAGAAAAACAAAGACUAGCAUUAAUGCGUUCACAAGCUCAUUGGACGCCUGGAUUUAUAUCGGCUGCCGAGGAACGUCUACGUUCAACUUAUAUGCAAAUGAGAAGUGAUAUUUUGAAAGAGUUAAAAAUUACCGAAAUGAUUUAUACAAUUCUUUAUAAUGCUGGUGAUUUAACGAAAUCUGAUAUUGUAAAAUUUCCUCAUCUAUAUCGUAGUCUAGAAGGUGGUACCAAAAUCUAAAUGAACUUUGUGGAAGUUAUAUUAUAUUUUUAUUGUUUAUCUGUAAUGUAUACAAUAUUUUGGAAACCUUUAAAGUACUCACGUUAAUAUGUAUAUUUUAAUAAUUAUCUGAUCUUUAAUUUA